CACCCGAUUGGUCAACAAGGCGGAAAUUCGGAAAACAACCCGGAAGUGUGAGCGGCAAAUGUCCGCGGCGCGAAAACAUAAAACGAGGCGGUGCUGUCGACGAUCGCUCGACUUCCACAAGUCGAUGCUCGUCAUUCUUGCUCGGCCAUGUGCGAAAAGAUGCAGAAGGUGAACCGCUGGCUGGCGGCGGCGUUGGGCGACGAGGCGGUUCCUCAGUUCGAGGUGACCGCGAGGACGGUGGACAUCUUGGAGCAGCUCGCCCGGUCCAGCGAGUCUCGAUGCCGACACGCCCGCCUGCUCGCUGAAGACCGAAGACAAAAAGCGGCCGAGUACCUGGCCGACGGCGCUCACCUGCAGGACGUUCUGGUCCAAGGUUUGGGCAUGUCCUUCGCCAGCCUACCCAAGGCCUGCGUGGACUACGUGUCCUCUCUGGUGGACAACUCGCUGGUCCUGGCGGUCCGAGACACAUCGCUCUGCAGUUUGAUGCCGGCGCUGAACCGUCUGACCGGCGAGCUCCUGGAGGCGGAGAAGUCCGAGACCCAGUUGGACCGGGAGCUCCUCAACCUCAGGAAGAAGCUGAGCGCCGCCCUGGUGCUCAGGGGACAACUGCAAGCGGACAUGAGCAAAACACGGCAGGCUCAAAUGGUGGAGAGCGCCAAAGCCGAGGAGCAUCUGCUCAACAUGGACUUUGUCCAGGCCAAGGCCAAAGAAAUCCAGAGCAGACGGGAGGCCCAAGAGGCUCAGCUGGCUUCCAGGAACAUGAAGGAGUCGCUCAGCCAUGGCGCUCUGGUGGGACUCUCUGAGGAAGUGAACGUGCUCAAAAAGCAAAUCGGGUCCCUCAAGAAGAACCUGGAGCCUUUCGUGGACCUCAGCGCGAGCCCGUCUCUCGCUCGAGUCAAAAUCGAAGAGGCUAAAAGAGAACUGGCGGCGCUCGACUCCCAGCUGGAGAUGCACGUGGACUUCAAGUGAUGCUGAGAAACGAGACUCGAAGCAACGCGAUGACACUCGCGGAGGCAAAAAAUGUCAAAUGGGAAGAAGCGUUUCAAGUCACUUCUGCAGAAGAAACCAAAUUUGUGACUUCAGCAACACUUUUGAAAACCAUUUGGCCUAAUGUGAGAGAGAGCAGCUUUAAAAAAUUUAGGUUGAAAUAAAUGUUUGUGAAAAACUCUUCUGAAAUAUUGUAACGUGAAGAAUUUUGAACUCAUUCGCAAAAUUUAACAGUUAAAAAACGCUGUCCUGUCAGUAUGGUGAUAGUCUACAUGUGUUGCUCCCCCGUUUGUGUUCGGACGUCUAUUGCUGAUAACAGGAUCUCCAACAAUGUCGUAUGUUAGCCUGUCAAUGGCGUGUUCCAUUAUGCUUAGCAUUAAGCUAGCAGGGACAUUCCGAUGGGACAUUCCGAUGGGACAUUGUUGUGUGAAUUGCAUGCGAUUUGUUUUUUUGUUGUUGUUUUAGGUCAAUUGUCAAUUGCUGCCGGCAGCGGCAAUAAACGGCUUAAAGAUUU